AUGGUGACGCGCAGCGUCCAAUUCGGCAGGCACUGCGUGACCGAGUUUGGGCCGGCGGGCACCCGUGCGAUGCUGACGCCGCUGACAGACUCGUCCUCGCUGCUCGCCGCUUCGGACUGGGCAGGGCUCCGGGCGGCGCUGCGGCGCGUCGGCUACCUGUUCCUCCAGGGGGCGCUUCCAGCCUCGCAGGUCGACGCGGCCCAGAGCCGCGUGCUGAGCACGUUCGCGGAGAGUGGCGGCAGCCUGGACUCCAGCAGGCUGGUGGGAGAGGGCGUGCUGCAGGAGCGCUGCUGCCUCGGCUGCGUGCCCUUCAUGGAGGGCCGCAGCGAGAUGACGCACUCGGCGCCACUGCUGCAGGUCUUCGUCUUCGAUGGGGAACGCAUCAAGGAGAUCUUCGCCGGCGUGCUGGGCUCUGCCACGAGGAGCUUCGACUUCAAGUGGCUGCGCGCGAUCCGUGCAACAAGGAUGGGCAAACGCACGAAAAUCCGUUGGUGUCUCAACAGCUUCUUGUUGUUCUACCGAUGCCGCGCAGCUCCUUCACGGGCGCGCACAUUGACAAUGUUUACCUGGGCAGUGACCCUCCCAACCUCCUAACCUGCUGGGUGCCUUUCGGAAACAGCCCUGUGGAGAUGGG